AUGAUAUAAUAGGUUAAAUAUUACUGCAGAUUAGAAGAAUUUUUAAAUUCUACACUUUAAUCUCACUAAAAUCUCUAUAUUGAUCUGAGUAAUAAAUAAAUUGGUGAGUAAGAUGCAUAAGAGUUAGGUUCUGCUUUAGCAAAUUGCACUAACCUCUCAAAUUUGACACUUCAUCUUGAGUACAAUUAAAUUGGUGAGUAAGGUGCAUCAUGCUUAGGUUCUGCUUUAGUAAAUUGCACUAACCUCUCAAAUUUGACACUUUAUCUUGACAAAAAUUAAAUUGGUAAAUAAGGUGCAUCAGGCUUAAUUUCUGCUUUCAAAAAUUGCACUACUCUUUUAAAUUUGACUCUUUAUCUUAGGGAUAAUUAAAUUGGUGAAUAAGGCACAUCAGGCUUAGGUUUUGCUUUAUCAAAUUGCACUAAUCUCUAAAAGUUGAUACUUUAUCUUGGAUAAAAUUAAAUUGGUGCAAAAGGUGCCUCAGGCUUAGGGACUGCUUUAUCAAAUUGCACUAAUCUCUCAAAUUUAACACUUGAACUUUGGAGAAAUUAAAUUGGUGAUUUAGGUGUAUCAGGCUUAGGUUCUGCUUUAGCAAGUUGCUCUAGUAUCUCAAAUUUGACACUUCUUCUUGGGGAAAAUGAAAUUGGUUAAUAAGGUGUAUCAGGCUUAGGUCCUGCUUUAGCAAAUUGCACUAAUCUUUAAAAUUUGGAACUUUAUCUUAGGUACAAUUAAAUUGAUGCAAUAGGUGCAUUAGGCUUAGGUUCUAGUUUAGCAAAUUGCACUAAACUCACAAAUUUGACACUUAAUCUUAGUGAAAACUAAAUCAAUAGUUCAUAAGAAUUGAAAGUAAAAAGCAAGUGUCUUAAAUCAAAAAGAUUAGUUUUCUUUGAAAUACAUUUCUAAUGGUGA